GGGAAGCUUUGGAUCGGUUUUUAAAUGCGAAUAUAAAUUAUAUAAUACAAUUGAAGCAAUAAAAAUAAUUAAAUUACCAGAAAGUUUAACAAACAAUAUUUAUUUAAAAGAAUUUGAAAAAGUGACUAAAAUAACGGAACAAUAUUUAGUCAAUGUAUUAGGAGUUUGGGGUUAUAAUAAUUGUAUAUAUAUUACAAUGGAGUAUUGCUUAAUGAGUCUGAAAGAUGGCAUCAAAUUGAAAGCACAGGUAUUUAACAGACAGUCAUCAGAUGAACCCAUGGAUUGUAUGGAGUAUUACAUUACGUGUGAAAUACUAUUAGAAGUGUUAGAAUGUGUCCGAUAUUUGCAUGAAUUGAAUCCACCGGUCAUUCACAGGGAUCUCAAACCCGACAACAUAUUGAUUGCUAACUAUAUCAUAAACGGGCGGUUCAUUAAAUUAUGUGAUUUAGGAUUAAUAACAGUUCACGAAAUGAUAUCACAAAGUCAUACGUCAGGUGUGGGAAGUCCUAAAUAUAUGGCACCCGAAGUCAUAAGUGGUCGUAAAUAUGACACCAAAGCUGAUGUCUAUAGUAUUAGUGUUAUUAUUGAAGAGUUGUUCGAUACGGAUGUCAAUGAGUUUGUAUUUUGA